ACAAGUCUUACUAAGCUGCACACCCUCUCUCCUUUCCUCCUCUCCUCCACUCCAUUACAACCACCACCACCAUCACCUUUCUCUCCUUCCUUCAAAUUCUUCAGCACAAUUAGCAUUUCCAUGGGCAACGCCGACCCGGUCUACCCUUCCAGCAGCGUGGAGCGCUUGCACCGUGUGGCAAUCCCUCCCCCGCAGCCCUUCGUGAAGUCUCUGAAGAACUCUCUCAAAGAGACUUUCUUUCCCGAUGACCCUCUCAGGCAGUUCAAGAAGCAGCCGCCGUCGGUCAAAUUCGUGCUUGGACUCAAGUACUUUUUCCCCAUUCUGGAAUGGGCGCCAAGAUAUACGUUGGAGUUCUUGAAAUCUGACCUUAUUGCUGGCAUCACCAUCGCCAGCUUGGCUAUCCCUCAGGGGAUCAGCUAUGCAAAGCUCGCCAACUUGCCUCCAAUUCUUGGCCUAUAUUCGAGCUUCGUUCCGCCAUUGGUUUAUGCGAUCAUGGGCAGCUCGAGAGAUUUGGCUGUGGGGACUGUUGCUGUUGCAUCACUUCUCACGGCUUCAAUGCUGGGGAAUGAAGUUAAUGCUAAUGAAAAUCCUAAGCUCUAUCUUCACCUUGCUUUCACAGCAACAUUCUUCGCCGGAGUUUUUCAGGCUUCUUUAGGCUUAUUAAGGCUAGGGUUUAUCGUGGAUUUGCUAUCACAUGCAACCAUAGUAGGGUUCAUGGCAGGAGCAGCCACUGUGGUGUGCCUGCAACAGCUGAAAGGGAUCCUUGGUCUUGAACAUUUCACCCAUGGGACAGAUCUUGUGUCAGUGAUGCGUUCGGUCUUUGGCCAAACACAUAUGUGGAGGUGGGAAAGCGGUGUGCUGGGAUGUUGUUUCCUUUUCUUUCUUAUCAGCACCAAACACUUCAGCAAGAGGAAGCCAAAGUUCUUUUGGGUAUCAGCGAUGGCUCCUUUGACGUCAGUCAUCUUGGGAAGCCUUCUUGUUUAUCUCACCCAUGCCGAGAAACACGGCGUUGAAGUGAUAGGACACUUGAAGGAGGGGCUCAAUCCACCGUCGUUCGGAGAUCUAAUAUUUGUGUCUCCUUAUCUGACGAUAGCUAUUAAAACUGGCAUCAUCACUGGCGUCAUAGCUCUCGCUGAAGGAAUAGCAGUAGGUAGAAGCUUUGCCAUGUUCAAGAAUUACCAUAUUGAUGGGAACAAAGAAAUGAUUGCUUUUGGGAUGAUGAACAUUGCUGGUUCUUUCUCCUCUUGCUACCUUACUACAGGGCCAUUUUCGAGAUCAGCAGUAAAUUACAAUGCAGGAUGCAAGACAGCAGUAUCAAACAUUGUCAUGGCAAUUGCUAUCAUGUUUACGUUGUUAUUCCUGAUACCCUUGUUCCAUUACACUCCAAUUGUGGUGCUGGCGGCCAUAAUCAUAUCCGCCAUGCUCGGCCUCAUCGACUACGAAGCCGCCGUGCAUCUCUGGAAGAUUGAUAAAUUCGACUUUGUCGUGUGCAUGAGUGCAUACAUCGGCGUCGUUUUCGGCAGUGUCGAAAUCGGCCUUGUCGUAGCGGUUGCCAUAUCUUUGCUGAGGGUGCUUCUGUUCAUUGCCAGGCCAAAGACCUUGGCUCUUGGAAACAUUCCCAAUUCCAUGAUUUACCGAAGCCUUGAACAAUACCCAAAUGCCAACAAUGUACCCGGAAUUCUCAUUCUUGAAAUUGAUUCUCCCAUUUACUUUGCCAAUUCGAGCUACUUAAGAGAGAGGAUUGCAAGGUGGAUUGAUGAAGAGGAAGACAGAAUAAAAUCUUCAGGGGAAACCAGCUUACAGUAUGUUAUACUGGAUAUGAGUUCUGUUGGUAACAUUGAUACGAGCGGAAUCAGCAUGCUUGAAGAGCUCACGAAGACUAUUGAUAGAAGAGGUCUCAAGCUUGUAUUGGCCAACCCUGGGGGUGAGGUGAUGAAGAAGUUGAACAAAUCCCAGUUCAUCGAAAACAUAGGCCAAAAUUGGAUCUAUUUGACGGUUGGGGAGGCCGUUGGAGCAUGCACCUACAUGCUUCAUACAUGCAAACCCAACCUCGAGAAAGCUGAACCAGAGGCAUGGAACAGUGUCUGAGCUACUCAUGAAGUAGAACCUCUAGGAGUGGCUAAAUUUCAUAAUUAACUAAAUUCGGUUGUGUUGCAUGUGAAUUUAUAAAUGAGAAAGCAACACAUUAGACUCGUUGAAUCACAAAACAUGAGUCCCAUAAUUAGCUUCAAUGCAUAAUUGAGUUGGAUGUAUUUUUCCCAUUCCAACAUUAUCUAUGUAAGUUGU